GCGAUUCAUAGGUCUGUUUCAGAUUUGUCUUGAGAUUUUAAUGUGAUUAAAUCGAUACAAAACGUUCAAAAGUGCUGCAAAGCUUUACAAAUAUGUUCCGACAACAUGGUCUGGUCAUCACUACCACACAGUGAUCGUGAAUCCACUCCCAAAUCAAUUCAGCAAUAAAUGCUCUGAAUAUUCCUGUCAUCUUUGAAUUGAAGAAGAGUUUCCAGAAGAGCAGGACAAACUUCAAGUGUGUCAACAAUUUCUGACAUACUACUGCAAAGAUGGAUUUUAUUAAAGAGGAGCGAGAGGACAUGGGUUAUCCAGAACCACACAGAGUGAAAGAUGAAGAAACUGAGGAACAAAUAGACCUGAUGGAAGUGAAAGUUGAAAGUCAAGAACUGGAUGAAGUGGAAGAGAAACAUCAGUAUCAGACAUCAAGUAAUUCUGUAAAGAAUUUUUCACAAAAAACAAGAGCCAAACAAUAUUUAACCUGCCCUCAGUGUGGAAAGAGUUUUGUACGAAAAGGAAACCUUGAGACUCACAUGAGAAUUCACAGCGGAGAGAAACCAUUCACCUGCCUUCAGUGUGGAAAGAGUUUCACACAGGCAGACAACCUUAAGAGGCACAUAAUAAUUCACUCUGGAGAGAAGCCUUUCCAAUGCUCUCAGUGUGGAAAGAGUUUCACAGAAAAAAACACCCUGAAUGGUCACCUGAGGAUUCACAGUGGAGAAAGGCCUUUUAAAUGCCUUCAGUGUGGAAAAAGUUUUGUAAGUGAAAAAUACUUUAAGAAGCACAAAAUAGUUCAUUCUGUAGAAAGGCCUUUUAUCUGCCCUCAGUGUGAAAAGAGUUUCAAAUGUAAAACAGACCUCAAGAAGCACAUAGCAACUCAUUCUGGAGAAAAGCCUUUUACAUGCCUUCAGUGUGGAAAAAGUUUCACAGAAAAAAGAACCCUUGUGAAUCACAUGAGAAUUCACACUGGAGAAAAACCUUUCACUUGCCUUCAAUGUGGAAAUAGUUUCACCUAUAAAGGCGACCUUAACAUUCACAUGAAAAUUCACACUGGUGAGAAGCCUCACAUAUGUCUUCAGUGUGGAAAGAGUUUCACACGUAAAGCUCAUCUUAAGAGUCACACAAGGAUUCACACUGAAGAGAAGCCUUUCACGUGCAUCCAGUGUGAAAUGAGUUUCAAACACAAAGAAGCCCUUAAAGUGCAUAUAAGAAUUCAUACUGGAGAGAGGCCUUUCAUAUGCCCUGAGUGUGGAAAGAGCUUCUCAUGUUCGAAAAAUCUACAAUAUCAUCUGCACUCUCAGCACACUGGAGUAAAGUCACUGAACUGUGAUCAGUGUGGUAAAAAAUUUAUAUUGACAUCACACCUAAAGAAACAUAUGAAAAUUCAUACAAACGAGAAGCCUUACAUGUGUUCUAUUUGUGGAAAGAGUUAUGCAUGGCGGCACAAUUUUAAAGAUCACCAGAGAAUGCAUGCUGGUGUGACCGAUCAUAUGUGUUCUGAGUGUGGGAAAACCUUUAUAAGAGCUGACGACUUGAAGCUGCACCAAAGAAUUCAUACUGGAGAAAAACCUUACAAGUGUUCACAUUGUGAAAAGAGUUUCAGUCGGCCAGGAGUCCUGAAAGUACAUGAGAGAGUGCACACUGGAGAGAAGCCAUACCACUGCAAUCCAUGUGGGAAGAGCUUUAGCCAAUCAGGUCAUCUAUUGGUUCACUUAAAAAGGAGACAUGGAAAGUUGUCACCGUGAGCAAAGCUCCUCUUCACUUGCAAUGAAUAGAAUGGUAUGAAAUAAGGUUGCACAGUUUACCGGUGCUUUGGCAGUGUUACUAUACUACAGCUUCAAAAUAGUCGUGUCACAAUAUGUUUUAAACGUUAGUACCAUCAAUACGGUAGGACCAUGAGUAUUGUUGUACAGUAUAUAUGGUAGUUAAUAUAAUUUUCUCUGCUAAAAUGUUCAUUUGAUUCAAAGAGUCUAUGGCCCUGUUUCCACAUUUAUUAAGAUAUGUUUUCGGUGAUCAUAUCACAAGUGGACAGCCGAGACUCAAUGCUGUUUGCACCUGGUAUUAUCAUUAGGGAAGCACCGGAAUUCCAUUUUCGGUUUUCGUCCGAAAGAGAAAAAAGCAGGAAAUCAGCGCAUUAUAAAGAGUGUUUUUCCAUGUGUAUUUAGAGGCUGUUUAGCUUGAGCCACAUCAAAUAUCAUGGUAAUAUAUGCCCACCUACUGUACGAGACGAGCCGCACUCUGCAUCAGCGGUGUCAAACACAAGACCAAUUCAACGCACUUUGCAUUUACCGCUUGUAGUCUCGCACAAAUGGGCAAAUUCACACUUUUCAUCUGAAACUGGACCAGUGAGUGACACUGUCACAGAUAAAGUCAGUUUAUCACUAAUUAUCAUGCCCUGGUACCACUUGUAAUAAGAUUUUGAGGGGAGGUUUUCUAAAUUCAAGACAUACAGUAUCUCACAAAAGUGAG